AUGAAAACCGAUCUGGAGCUCGCCUUGGAGUGCACCAUCAACAUCUACCACCAAUACUCCAUAAAGUACCCCAGAGAUGACUUCCUGAGCAAGUCAGAGUUUUCAAAGCUGCUGGAGGAGACUGCCCAGCCUUUCCUCCGCAACACUGUACCGCCUAACAUGUCUAUCAAUGACUACAUAAGCAAGCUCUUCAUCAAAGCAGAUCACAACCGUGAUGGUCGCCUGAAGUUCACCGAGUUCCUGACCACGCUGAAUCUUGUAGCCAUUGAUGCCCACAAUAGGUCCCACCAACAUCAUGAGGGCCAUGGCCGGGAUCCAGAUUCUGGUCACGGUCAUGACCACGGCCAUGACCACGGCCACGACCAUGGCCACGGUCCCCGCAAGUGA